UCUAGUUCCAUGGACCCCCCUAUUCCAUCAAAGUCCCUUUCAUGGGGCUGGACUAAAGUACCCUGGCUCUUGGCCAAGGCUGUGGGAAUGAGCAGUGUCCCCUGUCCUACCCAGCUCCCAGAAUGGGAGUGUGUGUCACUCCUGGCUGGCUGCCGGUGGCCAGAUCCAGCAGUGCAGCCCAGCCAGCUCCUGUCCUGACACCAGGGAUCUCACUGUUCUACCCCCGAAGUCACCCUGUGCCCAGAGGAGUCCGGUGGGGCACAGGUGCCUGUCACCCUGUCAUCCCCCGACAGCUCGUCCCCUCGGCGUCCCCAGGAGGGAUGGGGGACUGGAGCAUGCCCAUCGGCUCGCUGGGCGAGGAAGUGGUGGCCCGGCUGUGUGAGCUGCUGGAUAACGCGGGCCGGGGCUGGCGCAAGCUGGCCGAGCUGGCUGGGGCCGAGAAACGCUUCAAGUGCAGCGCGGAGGAGCUGGAGAUGUGCUCGCUGAAGGUGCUGGAGCCCCGCGGCAGCCCCACACAGUGCCUGCUGCAGCUCCUGGCCGAGCGCGACUGCACCCUCAGGUACCUGCUGGGCUGCCUGGAGCGCAUGGGGCACGAACAGGCCUGCCGAGUCCUCAGCUCCGCCGUCCAGGAUGUGAUUCGCAUCACAGUACAGCCAGAGUCACAGGUGGCAGCGGAGGGGACACAAGUGUCCCUGACCUGCUGCGCGACCGGCCCACCAGGGCUCACGUACCAGUGGUUCUGUGGGAGGCAGGAGGUGCCUGGAGCCACUUCCCCAGAGCUGGUGAUUGACACGGCCAGCCCAGCGGGCCAGCCUGAGUGGUACAUCUGCCGGGUGAACUGUGGGGCCACCUUCACCUUCUCCAGGUGGGCUCAUGUCCAGGUGGAGAAGAGAAGCAGCCCGAGCUCAGGUGGCCAGUGGCUAUUGCCCAACUAUGGCAGGGCUGCAGAUCCUGCGGCAGCCACGGCCAUGCCGCCUGGCCGAGGGGGACACGCUGGUCUGGAGUGCAGAGCCAUUGGCAACCCCCCGCCUCAGUACCAGUGGUUCAGGAACCGGCGCCCCGUGGAAGGGGCACAGGCACCCCAGCUCCAGGUGAAAUUGGUGACAACAGCCGAGCGGGGCAGCUACUCCUGCCGCGUGUUCAACCUCUUCCACGAGAUGUGGAGCCAGGAGGUGGACGUGGAGAUUGGCCCACGGCUCUUCACUUCUGGAGGCUCCUGGCAGGAGGGGGAUGGAGGGUCCCCAGAGCACGGCAGCCCUGGACAGCUGUAUGCCACGGACAAAGUGGCACUGCUGAUGGGCAACAUGCACUACCUGCACCACAAGCAGCUGCAGGCGCCCAUUGUGGAUGUUCACGCCCUCAGUGCCCUUCUCCGCCAGCUCGACUUCAAGGUGGUGUCACUGCUGGACCUGCGCAAGGCCGAGAUGCAGAUGGCCGUUGAUGAGUUCCUCCUCCUCCUUGACAAGGGUGUCUACGGUUUACUCUACUAUGCUGGGCAUGGCUAUGAGAAUUUUGGCAACAGCUUCAUGGUGCCCAUUGAUGCACCCAGCGCUUACACAUCAGAGCACUGCCUGUGCGUGCAGCGGGUGCUGCGGGAGAUGCAGCAGCGCCGCACUGGCCUCAACAUCUUCCUGCUUGACAUGUGCCGCAAGAGGAACCUCAAUGAUGACAUAAUUCCGCAGGUUGGGGCACUGGAAGUCACAGCCAACAUUGUCUUUGGCUAUGCCACGUGCGCGGAUGCUGAAGCCUAUGAGCUGAACCAGGGUGAGCUCUCCAACGGCAUCUUCGUCACCUUCCUCAAGCGUUGGCUGCUGGAAGAUGAGAAGAUCACGGUCCUGCUGGACAAGGUGGCCGAGGACAUGGGCACUCUGGAGAUCACGCGAGGACGGCAGGCCCUGGAGCUUCGCAGCAACCUCUCAGAGAGAAGGGCUCUGACAGACCCCAUCCGCCCUCCGGGCCAGGACGAGUCCUCUGCCAGGAACUUGCAGUGGGCCAAAGCUCAUGUCCUACCAGAGAGCCGGCACCUCCGCUUCGACUGCGGUGUCACCGUCCAGCUGGGCUUCGCGGCUGAGUUCUCCAACAUUAUGAUCAUCUACACGCGUGUGGUGGCUGCCCCCAAGGACAUCACCAAGUGUGAGGCCCGGCUCACUGAUAUUCCCGAGGAGCUGGAUGUGGACCUCAAAUGCACCAACAAGGAGAGCCCAGAGGAGCUGGGCAGUCCACUGGCAUCUGUCUGGAGCCUUGGCUGCCCCUCCUGCUGCCUCUACAGCCGGAUCUGUGGCUUGCAGAAGCUGCGGCAGGAGCUGGCCUUCACCGUGUACCUGCAGUUCCGCUACCAGGGCAUGGAUGACUUCGUGGAGGAGCGGCAGCAGGUGAACGUGGGACGGCCACUCAUUGCCAAGCUCAACCUCCAGCGGGCAGCCUCCCCCUCACCACCCCACAGCCCCCUCUUUUCCUCUCCCUCUGGGAGCUGGGGGGUGGUGGAGACCUCAUGGGUCAACACCCCUGAGGAGAACCUGAGCCCCGAGGGCCCCAGCUCCCACACCCUGUAGAGGGACAGUGAGGCACAACCCCCCACCGUCUGUCCUGCUGGGGGCCAGGGGAUGGAGGGUGUGCAGGUGGCAUGCAGAGAGGCUGGGCUCCAUCCCAGCCUGUGCCAAGGAGCGCAGGUCUCACAGCACAGCACGACUGGGACUGCGGGCCCCCACCACACGUCCCUGGCAUGGCAGUGUCACCCCCACAUCCCUCGGCAGUGCCAGCCCCAUGUGUCAGGCCACCAGCGGGCAGCGCUGGGGCACAGUGCCCAGGGACCACGGCUCAGCGGGCUCGAGGCGUCGUGCCGGGGCAGGGCUAGGUUCGUUCAGGCCUGGGAGAAAUAGAGAGAAAUAAGCAGCUUAUGGGGCAAAUCCCGCGGGUGGAGAUUACAGGGGGUGGGAGCGGGAGGGCUCCUGUUCGGCCACAGCCCCCAGCGCUCCUAGGAGCGCCUCCUCGUCACCGUACAACCCCAGGAACCGGCUCCAGCUGGGCAGUGAGCGAUUUCAGGACAGAAUUGGGAUCUAAGGGGGGAAAAAAUACCUUUUUGCUUGGAUUUUUCCCACACAAACCCCCACAUGCCGGGGCAGGCUCCAAUGAGCAACGUGCCAAUAAAGUGGUCUGGCCAGGCGGCUCGGCGCUUCUGCGCCCUCCCAGCGUUUAA